AUGGGAAGUACCGACGAAGAAACAAGUGCGUCAAAGGAAACAAAUCAAAAUGAAGCUUAUUCAUCAUCGCAGAAACACAGCACAGGAGAAUCAAACUCGCCCUCGGAGGAACAAGCUUCUAAGCAAGAAACUAAAGAAGAACUGAAGGAUGAUGAUCCAGAAAUAAAUCCAGAUCCUCCAACAAAGAUGGAAGAGGAAAUGGACAAUAUGUUCAGCACAGAUGACUACCCAGCAGUUGAAGAGAUUAUGAGUGCAGCUAUACCAAAGGAAGGUGCCCGUUUCAAAACAAGAGACGAUGCAUUCUAUAGAUACGCUCUGUAUGCAAGAAAGGAAGGAUUUGCAGUGAAGAAGUUCAGCAGUAAGAGAUCAGGAAAAAACGGAGAAAUCUACAUGCGAAUGUUCGCAUGUAACAAGGAAGGAUGCACAAACAAAGAUGCCGAACCAUCGUCGCAGAGGAGAACAAAUAUACUACUGAAGACUGGUUGUAAAGCACGCAUAAUUGUAAGACAAUUUGAUGGAUACUGGUACAUCAAGAAGGUUAACUUAGAACACAACCACCUGCUGGAACCAACAGACUAUCUAAUUAGGUUUGCACACUGUCACAAAAGGAUGACUGAUCUCGACAGGAGAUUAAUUCAUCUACUACAGAUGGGACGUCUGCCACCAAGGAAGAUGAUGUUAAUCUUUCGGUCGAUCAGAGGGAAAUUCCGUGGAAUACCCUUCGAUGCUGUUGAUCUAAGCAACAUAAAGAGUCAACAACAACAAAUAGAGAAGGACCAUGACAUCCAGAAGUGCCUGGAACGCUUCAAGACACUCCAGAAAACAGUACCUGGUUUCUAUCAUGCCAUGGAAAUAGACAACGAAAAAAGAGUUCGCAGCCUAUUUUGGAUGGACGCAAUGUGCGUAAUGAACUACAAGCUAUUCGGUGACUAUAUAUCUUUCGACACAACUUUCAGCACAAAUAAGUAUGGAUUACCAUUUGUUCCUAUAGUUGGGGUGAAUAAUCACGGCUCCACAGUACUGUUUGCCGUUGCUCUGCUGAAGGAUCAAACAACAGAAACAUUUAUAUGGGUUCUGGAAACAUUUGUUCAGGCCAUGGAUGGAAAAGAACCAAAGACAAUAAUAAUAGACCAGGACAAAGCAAUGAAGAAAGAAAUACAAACAGUUCUAAAGUCUACAACCCACAGGAACUGCUACUACCACAUCGUGACCAAGAUGAGUCAGAAAGAGAGCACCUUCUUUGCAAAAAACUCAGGACUGUCGGAAAUGCUAAUGUACAUUGCGAAGAACGCAUUCACACCAGAUGAGUUCGAAAUGGGAUGGAAUAAAGUGAUAAAGGAUUACAAUGCUGGCGGAGAAAAACACCUAAGCAAGUUAUUCAGGAUAAGACACAGGUGGGUACCAGCGUACUUCAUGGAUAAAUUUUACCCAUUCUCAUCAAGCACAGGAAGGAGCGAGAGCACAAAUAACAUGUGGAAAUGCUAUAGCCAGCACACAGACACAGUAACAAUGUUCCUUGAGCAAUAUGAGGUCAUACAAGACAAGUGCUUAUCUGCCCUGGACAAGAAGAAGCUCACAUCAACACUGAAAACAGCAAAACUAGUAACAAGACAUCCGUUUGAGAAGCAAGCUCUUGAACAAUUCACACAUGAAAUAUUCGAGAAGUUCCAGAUCGAGAUCACAAACAACACGGCAUUCAAGGUAGAUGGAUCACUUGAACUUGGUCGCCACCUGCGGCUGAAAAGAAUAGUGAAAUUCUACAACCACAUGGAAUUCAAAAGGGAGUUGUUUGACGUCACAUUUGACGAUGAAAAAAAGAACUUCAUGUGUUCCCGCAAAAAGAUGCGAGAGGAUGGUAUACAUUGCUGCCAUGUAAUAAAAGCAAUGGUUCACAUGGAGAUCAAUGAUUUGCCAGAGAGUUUUGUGAUUAAAAGAUGGAGAAAAGACAUAGACAUGGAACUCGCAACAUUAGGAAAUGUCGCAGAUUCUUCUUGCGGAGACGAAAUACUAAAGUUUGCCGGUGUGAUGAGCCAUAUGGCAGAACUUUGCAACAAAGCGUGCCCAAAUGACAAAGCAUAUAAUGUCAUGAUUCAGUGUAUGCGUGAUAUGGAAACAAAAGUGCUGGUAGCAAUAAGAGAAGAUGAAGGAGCUAAAAAACUACACGAUGAAGAAACAGGUAGCAACGAAACAUUACGUGACCCACCAAUGUCCGACAGAAGAGGAACAAAAAGAGGACACAGAAUGAUGCCAGGUUCAGAAAAAAGACAGAAAACUAGACAAAUAAAAUGCGGACACUGCAAAACAACAGGACACAACAGAACAGGAUGUGAAGCACUGAAAGCACAAAUUGCAGCAGAGACAGCACAGGCACCAGCACAAGCAGCAGCAGCAGCAGAAGCAGCAGCAUCACAGCAGAGAUAUACAAGCAAUACAGCACAUGAUUAA